AUGUUGAAGAAAGUGAGGCGAAAAGUCAAAGUCUUGAUCACCAAACCCUUUAAAAAGCCACAGAACAGGCCGCUAAGACCUCCAUCACCACCAGAGCCACCACCUCCUCCACAAUCUCCACCGCCUCAAGAAAUGGCUUCCUCGAGACAAAAGAACUCUCCGUUUCUGUUCCCGAGAUCCGAUUCCUCUGUUUUACCCGACCCGUCUAGUUUCUUCAGCCACGAUCUCCUCUCAACUCCUCUCCCUACAAACUCCUUCUUUCAAAACUUCACUCUCAAAAAUGGCGAUCAAGCUGAGUACUUUCACCCUUACAUCAUCAAACCAUCGGCAUCCUCUCUCUCCAUCUCAUACCCAACUCUUUCUCACAACUCUGCUUUCAUCUACGAGGCUUUCAACGCCGACAUCAUCAUCUCCGGGUCAGAUGGACCCGACCCGCAUUCCCGGAAAACUCAUCUGAUCACUUCCUUCAGCGAUCUCGGCGUCACACUCGAUUUCCCUUCCUCUAAUCUCAGAUUCUUCCUCGUCAGAGGAAGCCCGUUUGUCACUUGCUCCGUCGGUAACUCCUCGAUCACAAUCUCAACGAUUCACGCCGUUUUAUCGUUCAACGGAAACAGCUCAUCUACCAAAUUCACCGCGAAGCUCAACAACAACCAGACAUGGCUGAUUUACGCCUCUUCGCCGAUUGAUCUGGCCCAAAACGGAGGUUCUUCGAUUAAUUGCGCCGGUGGGUUUUCGGGUAUCAUCCGGAUCGUCGUGUUACCGGAUUCGAAUUCAGAUUUCGAACCAAUCCUCGACCGAUUCAGUUGCUGUUACCCAAUUUCCGGCGACGCUGAUUUCACAAAACCGUUCGCUUUGGAGUACAAAUGGGAGAAAAGAGGCUACGGAGAUCUCUUGAUGCUCGCUCAUCCUCUUCAUCUGAAGCUUUUAGCAAGAGACGAUUGUUCAGUCACCGUUCUAGAUCAUUUCCGGUACAGAAGCCUCGACGGAGAUUUGGUAGGUGUCGUCGGAGAUUCAUGGGUUUUGAGACCGGCCCCUGUUUCCGUGACGUGGCACUCUAUCAAAGGAGUCAAAGAGGAUUCUCACGAAGAGAUCAUCUCAGCUCUCGUGAAAGACGUUAGCGCCUUGGAUUCCUCAGCUCCGGUCACAAAUUCCUCGUAUUUCUACGCGAAACUGAUCGCGAGAGCCGCGAGGCUAGCUCUAAUCGCCGAGGAAGUUUCCUACCUCGAUGUAAUUCCGGCGAUUAAAAAGUAUCUGAAGAACAUGAUCGAGCCGUGGUUAGAUGGGAGCUUCGAACCAAACGGGUUUCUGUAUGACCCUAAAUGGGGAGGUGUGAUCACGAAGCAAGGAUCGAGAGAUUCAGGAGCAGACUUUGGGUUCGGGAUUUACAACGAUCACCAUUACCAUCUAGGUUACUUUCUCUACGCGAUUGCUGUGCUCGCUAAGAUCGAUCCUUUGUGGGGGAAGAGAUACAAACCUCAGGCGUACACUCUAAUGGCGGAUUUUAUGACGCUGGGGAAGAAGAAAGGGGGAAAUUCUAUAUACCCGCGUUUGAGAUGCUUCGAUCUUUUCAAGCUUCAUUCUUGGGCUGGAGGUUUAACGGAGUUCGCCGACGGGAGGAAUCAGGAAAGCACAAGCGAGGCCGUGAACGCUUAUUACUCCGCUGCUUUAUUGGGGUUAGCUUACGGCGACGCACAUCUGGUGGCGGCGGCUUCGACGGUCUUGACGCUAGAGAUUCACGCCGCGAAGAUGUGGUGGCAGGUGAAAGAAGACGACACUAUUUACCCGACAGAUUUCACGGCGGAGAAUCGUGUGGUUGGGGUUUUAUGGUCAACGAAGAGAGACAGUGGAUUAUGGUUCGCGCCCAAAGAGUGGAAAGAGUGUCGCCUUGGGAUACAGUUAUUACCGUUGCUUCCGGUGUCGGAAAUUCUGUUCUCGGAUGUGAAAUUCGUGAAGCAGCUCGUGAACUGGACUCUGCCGGCGUUGGCGAGAGACGGUGUCGGAGAAGGAUGGAAAGGAUUUGCGUAUGCCUUGGAAAGUAUUUACGACAAAGAUGGAGCGAUGGAAAAGAUUAGAGGAUUAAAUGGGUUUGAUGAUGGGAACUCGCUGAGUAAUCUAUUGUGGUGGGUUCACAGUAGAAACUGUGAUGAAGAUGAUGAUGAUAUUGAAGACAAUGAAGGCUGUAUUUGGAUGCAACCAUCAUACUUGCUCGACGUGAGUCAGAGAUUCAAGGCUGCUCAAGUCAUACGUUCUCUCACAAGCCCCGACAACUACGUGAUUGUUUCGGAUAACGACCAAACUGUCCUUGACUAUGUCUCGGAUGCCAUUUACUGUUUGUAUGGGGAGCCAGAAGCAAAGCUAGAUCAGGAAUCGCAAUCUACUUGGAUGGGUGCACUGGGCAAGACUCAGAUCAGAUAUCUAGACAUGACUUCAGCUGGUGAGCGCUUCAAGCUGCAAUUGACAGGAGCGGAAUUAAAACACGGGAAGAUUUUUCUAGUGCUGGGAGAGAACGGUACAGGGAUGACCACCUUCAUCCGAUUGCUGGCCGAUUUGCGUCCACCUGGCAAGAGCUACUUGCCUUUACUUGUUCUGCUAUGCUCUGCUUAUGCAUGGCUUUCUUCAAGGGUUCUCAAUUUCCGUUAUGUUUUGGAUUCAUCUAAUAUUUGCGUUCACACGAAGAAGCUGCGUGUGCUGGUGAAGCCGCUGGAGAAGCCGAAGGUGGUACUAAAGUUUGUGUGGAUGCAAAAGGACAUAGGAGUUGCGUUAGACCAAACGGUUCCAGGAUUUGGAACAAUCCCGCUUGGUCCGUACUACUUCUGGCCUAGGAAAGAUGCUUGGGAAGAGCUCAAAGCUUUGUUAGAGAGCAAGCCCUGGAUCUCCGAGCUUCAUCGCGUCUUCCUCCUUAACCAAGCCACAGACAUAAUCAAUCUAUGGCAAUCAAGCGGUGGAGAUUUGUCUUGA